AUGGCGGCCCGGCAAUCCGGAUCGGGCCUGCUGAUCACGCCGUCCGUUGGGUUGACGGCCUUCAUCCUCUCGCAUGCACGAUUCGAUCACUACGGCAAUCUGCUCGACUUUCCCACCUCAACCCCGGUCUUUGUCGGUGCCGGCACGCGCGAAUGGAUCGGCGGCGGUGACGAGGCAGCCGAGAAGGGCGAGAAAGGCCUUGUGUCGUUCCCCUCGAGCUUUCUGAAGGAUCGCACAUUCAUCGAGACGGACCAGAUCAAGGCAAAGGCUGCACAUGGCGCCCGGGUCAAGCACGCCAAGGUGGGCCCUUUCGAACGAGCCUGGGACUGGUUAGGAGACGGCAGCCUCUUUAUCGCCUCGGCCGAGGGUCACUGUCCCGGCCACCAGGUGAUGCUGGCCAAGACUUCGCACGAUCCGACGCCGAGCUGGGUGCUGCUCUCGGGCGAUGCGGCGCACCAACAAGCGCUGUACCAUCCUCUACCUGCACCUCUGGAGCUCGGUGCCGAAUCGCUCUGCUCCACUCGCCCGCACCACGAUGCUGUCUACCGCAGCGUGGACGAUCUGCGCGCCACGGCCGGAUUUUUUGACCGCGCCAGCGCCGAUGCCAUCGUCGACGGUCCCAUCCCAGUCGAGAGUGCUGCGUGCAUGCAGGAGUUCCCCGACAAAGCCAUGCGAACCCUCGCUGCGCUCUCCCGCCUCGAGGCAUGCCACGACGUCAUGGUCGUUCUGCGAGUGGCCAAGCCCAAGUGCAUCGUUCAGAAUGGGAAAGGAGAGCUGACCAACGAUGCUUUGAAUCCGGUUGCGCAGCUCACACGAGCUCGAGCUCACUCACGCGCUCGAGCUCAAAUAAGGCGACGAAGUUGUGGUUAA